AUGCCAUUCUUAAACUCGGAUGUUCUCCUUGAAAUUUUCAGGAACCUCGUGGAAAUUAAUGAAUUGGGCGCAUACUCGAACGCUGGAUUAAGGAACAUUUACUCGUGCAUCUUUGUGUGUCACCAAUGGUGUGAUGUCGCCAUGCCCAUACUUUGGGGUCAACCUUUUCAUUUUCUGGAAUCGGUAUCGGACGACGAGGAGUCCAUGCCUCGCAGUAGCGACAAAUUACUCGAGAUGUAUUUCUGCUUUCUCAAUGACCAAGAGAGGGAGAACCUUCUCGCCAACGGAAUUGACAUCUCCCUGGUCACCAGCCAACGUCAGCAGAGUUUAUAUUAUGGCGAGAAUGCUCACAGAGAAUCGGACCUAAACGACGACGGCAACGCGAUCACUCAAAUGAGGAAGCCAAAGUAUCCAUACGUACAAUAUCUGAAGUCGCUGUCGUACAUAACGUUGUGUACCGCUGUGGAAAUGUGGUGUCAAGAUCUGGACGACAUAAUGGUAAAAAUGACAGGCGAAGAAUUGAUCGAUGACGCGGAAGAUAUUUUACUACACACAAUCUUAAAUCUUUUUUACAAUCGGGGUGCGAAGUUGUCAAGUCUCAGCCUCACCAUUAACAACUUUUUAGAUAAGAGAACAAUUGCACUGCGUCGCUUCUUUGUUGACGAUGAGUUGAGAAAUUUCUUUGCCCCAAUAAAGUCUCUAGAAUUCAGUGUCAUGUACACGGCCAUAAACGACUUUUUGAUCACGUUGUCCGAAACCUGUCGUCAGUUGAACCAUAUAUCCGUGCACACCUUGUGGUCACGUCACCACGAAACCCCGGGGGUUAGAGCAUUCGAAAGAUCUUUCAAUGCACUGAUUUCUGCUCAAACAUCCUUGACUUCAUUUCACCUCGGAGAGUGCAAAGGCUACACGCAUGUAUUUCUUCCCGCGCUCUAUUCCUGCAUCUACACCUUACGACACCUAAGUUUCGAGAGCGUCGACUUUCGCUAUUGUGAGCCAUGGAAGACUAUCGCCGAAUGUCGAAACAUCAUGUCUCUUAGCUUGAUCCAAUGCAGCAACGUGACUUCGGAUAUGGUUCAGCCUGUAAUUAAUUCGAGGCACACGAGAGAUCUUGAUAUUUUCUAUCUUGGCGACGGACUUUGCAGGGAGUUCACCGAUUGGAUGAACAAUAUCAAUGGUAAGGCGACCACGAGUGAUGGUAAUAACGGUGGGCAUCGCGUGUAA